CCUUCCUGCUGGCUGAACAGGAGACCAAAAUUUCAUCUGAGGGAUUACAAGACACUUCAUAUGUGCUCGUGUGAUGGUGAUAUCCUGCAUGAUCGUCUCUUGUUGACAGCAGGAACCUCCGUGUUUCUUGGAUUUCCCCGGGAUCAAAGUUUGUUUUCUGAGCAGAGAGUGUGAAUGAAGUGUGCGGAAGCAGGAAACAUGUCAAACGGACAUUUCAGUCACCUGUUGAGGGGAGUCUGGUUGCUGUGGCUCUGGCAAGUUGUGUUUGUUGCUGGAACUGGGAGUAAACUAUGGGAGGUGCCCUCAGUCUCCUUCACUUCCUCCUCCAAUCUCAGUGAGAGCCUGCAAUGGGAGCCCCACUGCCAGUACCACCACCUACAGGACAGAGUGAGAAUCACAGCAGACAUCCCCCCAAGACUGGAUGGUACCUGGGUGUCAAUAAGAUGUGAGGUUCGGCCUGGUCCAGAGUUCCUCACCCGCUCUUACACCUUCCACCCCACCCGUCACUUCCAGGCCCUGCAGCACUACUACACCGACAGUGGUUGCGAGGACCCGGCCUACUCCCUGAUGAUAAGGGGGAAACUUCGACUGCGUCAGGCCUCUUGGAUCACCCGUGGAGGCACUGAAGCAGAACACCACAUCAGCAAGGUUGGCAUUGUGAUCCACAGCCUGGCAGCCAAGCAGAGGCUGGCCUCAAGGCUGCCUCCAUCCUGUGUGGAUCUGACCCUCAGCCAUGUGAUGCCAGGGAAACUGUAUGAGCUGUACAACACCCGGGCAGGAAGGGGAUGUCUCGCAGCACUGGGCUUCUCCAUGAUGGAGAUGGGUCUGAUACGAGUGGAGACACAACACCACAUCCAUGGAGGGAAGGUCCAGGAGCUGUUCUUAGGGGAUAUACACACUGACUGGACUCAGAGGACCCACUAUAGGCCUACAGGGUACCAGCAGCCACUGCAGAAUGCAAUGCAUCACAUCCACCCCUGUCCGGUGUGCGCCUUGGUGUACCGCUCCACAGAGCAGCGCCCCCCAGUGUUGCCUCGCGGCUCUGUAGCUCCUCUGUCUCUGGCAGGCCGCUGGACCAGCCAGCACUGUGAAACCCGUCCCAACGUCCUCUUCCUUACCAGAGACUUCUCCUUUGAUCCUGACCAGCACGUGUGGGAGGGCGUCUACCGGCACUACUCUGACCCUACCUGCUCUCAGCCCACGUUCACCCUGAGAGCCUCUGGCCACUACGCUCAAGGAAACCCCUCCGCCAAGGUGUCAGGAGCCACUGAGUUUGUCUUCAAGGUCAUCCAGGUGAGUGUUACAGCCAUAGAGGAGUCCACUGCUAAGUUGUUGAAUGGGACGAGGCCAGGAAAAUGUGGUGAGGCUGGAGGCUGGGAAGUCGGGGUGGAGCAGGAUUUGACUUCCACAGAUGGGUGCACAGUGCUGGGCAUCAAGCUGCCACACAAGGAGUACGAGCUCUUCAAGACUGAGCUGGACCACAGGAAACACCUGAUGCUGCUCAUCGGUGAGAGGCCAACUGACGGGUCCAGCCCUGACCGACCACAGAGGAGACCCACUUCCUUUCAGGCUCCUUUGGUGCUUUGCGGUGGGGGGGAGACAAAUCCCUCGCAUCGCCAUGGCUCCGGUUUUAACAGCAAGCAAGUUCAGUUAGCUGCCAGUGGGACAGAGAGGCUGGCACUGGUGGUGUUACUGGUGCUUGGAUCUGUGCUGUGCAGCUGGAUCUGUGUUUAUUAGAGACGUUCAUGAAUCAAUCCUGUUACACAGCUGAAGUCAUUGAUGGACAUUGUCUUCUGGCAGCUUUCCCUCACUCUCCCUGCGUAUGAUGUUGACCACAUGUGCGGUCAAGAAAAAUCA